UUUGAACUAACAAAGCCCAAAACAUGAAAACCACCUUUACUAACUUUCUUGUGCUUCUCCUCAUUGCACUUGUUUGUGCCAAUGUUGGUGCUAGGAAACUUAUGUCCGGAGGUACCCAAUUCAAGGAUGAAAAAUCUUUCCUCGGAGGCGGCGGUAACGGUGGUGGCCUAGGGAUUGGCCUUGGUGGAGGAGCUGGUCUUGGUGGGCUGGGAAUUGGAGCCGGAGCUGGACUAGGGUUAGGUGGAGGUGGAGGCGGCGGUGGUGGAUUUGGUGGGGGUGGUGGACUCCUCGGUGGAGGUGGCUUCGGCGGAGGAGCAGGUGGCGGACUCGGUGGUGUUGGUGGCCUUCCUUGAACGCAUUGUCAAAUGUCAAGUGUGUGUGUGAGAGAUCAUUCUCAGCUUAUUCUACUAAUUAAAAGUCACUUUCAUAUUGUCUUAAUAAAUUACCUUCAAUCUUUGGAUUUCAGCUUUUAUUUAAACUUCAAUAUUUGAAUCAAGAAACGUCUUAGCUACUAGAGUUACGUAACUAGAGGUAAUGCUCGUAAUCGUAUUAUGUGUAACGCUGGUUCAGAUAUGAUAAGUGCAAGAGUGCAACGUUACUUUUUA